UUUACAUUCAAGUUUUGUUUUCGCAACAAAGUAGUCAACAUUUUGAGGGAAGAUGAUGCGCUUACGUGCGAACUCAAGCCGCCUGACAAUUUUUAUAAGCUUUCAAAUACUAAUACUGGCGGUGUUUCUAGAAAAGCUACCGUUAACCGAAGGCUGUUAUAAAGCCCAGGAAUGUUAUACACCGCUCAAUGUUAUAGGCUUUUAUUAUACAAAAGAGGAUAUGCAAAGAUUAACCGAAAAACAGAAAGCCCAAUGUGAGGGGCAUUGUCAGGAUGGUAAUAAUACGCUUACUUGUUGCACAUUUGGAGGCAGGCCAGAAAAGCAUCGUUUACUUUACCAAUCCUGCUUAGAUGCCCAUUUGCCCUCUGGAUUUAUAACAUUUGGUGUGGUGGCGGAGCCCAACGAAUUUCCAUACAUGGCUUCUAUAGGUUGGCGAGUUCGAGAUCAAAAUGGUACGGAGAGCAUAGCUUACAGAUGCGGUGGAACAUUAAUCGACAGCAGAUAUUUGCUAACAGCUGCGCACUGUCUCUACCACUCUAGUGAUCCGCCUGUUGUGGUGCGUCCAGGCGGAUUCGAUUUGAAUAGUAACAAUGCGACUGAUUAUGAUAUCGAUCAGAUUAUUGAACAUCCAAAUUAUGAAUACCCAGCAGUUUACAAUGACAUAGCGCUUAUUCGCAUAACAAAAGUAUUUCUUAGCGACUCGCCCAUCGUGGCUAGAGCUUGCAUCUGGCAUGGGUCAUUGGCAGAGGAGAAGGUAACGGCUAUAGGUUAUGGGGAUACACAAUUCGCUGGUGCAUCGUCGCCACUCUUAAUGAAAACGAGUUUGUUUGCAAUUACGAACGAAGAAUGUAGUACGUAUUACGAACAGGAUGAAGACUUACUGAGUUCAGGAGUAAUAGCUACACAGCUGUGCGCCAAGGAUCAUGCAAAGUUACGAGACACUUGUCAGGGAGACUCCGGCGGCCCGCUUAUAAGAUAUGAAAAUAUAGAAGAUUACAAUCGGAUAGCUUAUAUUGUGGGCGUAACUUCUUUCGGCAUCGGAUGUGGUACUGGCACUCCCGGAAUUUACACACGCGUUUCUGAAUAUUUUGAUUGGAUCGAGGAACAGGUUUAUAAAUAGAUAUAUAUUUGCUUAAGCUCUCACAUUCAUAACUAGUACUUUUACAAUAUGCAUAUGUAAAAAUGAUAAAAUAUAAUCAAAGUGGGAAACGUACUGAGUACUAAGAUCUUGUUGACGAAUUCUUCUGUGCCUUGUAGUAUUUUGAAACAAUAAAUGUAUCUAAUUCAUCAAUACUUGAUUAUUUUUUGCAAGUAUUGAAAUUUAAGGAAAGAGUGUAAAAAUAUGACUAUGAAAUUUUCAAAGUCAUAAGGGAUCAAAAUUUGCGCGAGUUAGUAAUCAAAUAAGCCAAAUAUUGAAGAUUUCCAAAAAUCUGGUGUCAAGGGCAUUGAUUUUCAAAA